CCCCAGAAAGGUAAAACAUUCCGCUUAGCUCCUAAUAAAGAAACUGUAUUAGCUGAACUUUGGGAGUGGGCAAGAGUGAUGUCUUCAUUACCUUAUGAAGAACGAAAAAGCGCAUCACUCAUUUGCCAUCUUAGAGGAGAUGUACAAGAUCCAAUUGAGAAGUCUCAGGAUUUUAGCAAUGUGGAAGAGGCAUGGAAAGACGUGGAUCUUGUUGCAUAUACAAGUACAUUAAAAAUAGGAGUCUCGUGUACUAACCCUAAGUUCGAGCGUGCAUUUUGUCUUUUCAAAAGUUAUAUAGAAACAAAUGCAGGGACAAAUCAGAUGCUAUUCCGUAUGAGAUGUAUUAAAGAAUACACAUGCCACAUCGAACAAAGAUCAUCUAACCUCCCAAUUGCCGAAGAGGGGUUAUUCUACUGGUUGCUAAAAGCAAAACGCGAAUGUCUCCCUCAAGAGCCUCAGAAUAGAGGAAUAUUUCCAGAUGUAGAAUCCAUUAUUCGAAAUAAAGACAUCCCAACAGUUCGAUUGUGGGUUGCUCACACAUUGGAAAAAUUCCGAUCUCGUCGUUUAUUUGGAUGGAGAAUGGUAGAUUUUCUUAAAAAGGCAGGUAUGAUAGUUUCUAUAAUAAAAGCCACUCCAAAAGCUAAAGAUGAUACCGUGACAUUAACUGAAACAGUAAAGGGGUAUACUUCGGUUAUUAAAGCGGAGGAAAUUUCAGACAUUGCCAACGCCAAUAUUCUCAAUCAUGAGAUGGCCGAACACCUAGAAAACAAGCCAAAGAAGACUUUAGAAGAAAUGUAUGCGUUAAACCGGUACCAUAUUGCAGAUUGCUAUGGAAUGUCACCUGAAUCUUUGACAGAGGAAUUUAUCACAGAUUAUGGUAAAUAUGAUGAAAUGAAAUGGUUUAGAAAUCUCCGAAAAUUACGAGAUGCCGGUACUAACAAUGAGACGGCAGUUGAGGCGCGAAGAUUAUAG